CUAUUGCAUUGCAUUGCAUAAUGCAUUGCUGAUUCCGAUUAGUUGUCGUGUUGUAUCAGUUUGUUGAUAUUUUACAAUAUUGUAAAUACCAGUAAUAUCAAAUAUUGCUGUAAUGGCUGAGGGAGAGGUUCCAGGUGAUUACAUUAUCACAAGACGAGAUCUACAUGAUGUGUUUUUCUUAGUUGGCUCUGAAAAGAAGGAGAAAAUAAGUACUAUAAAGUGUUUCCUCGCGAAUUACAGCCCAGUUUUUCGUUCUAUGUUGCUGGAAACGAAUAUGAAAGAGAGAAAUUCCGAGGAACUCAUAAAAAUACCAAAUCAUGAACCAGAUGUCUUCAAUCUCAUGUUAAGUUACGUCUAUGGAGAUCAAAAUCUUAAGUUUGUAGAUGCUGCCCAAGCCAUGAGAUUUCAUGCACUGGUGGACCAAUAUCUCAUGACUAAACUGAAAGCUGUAUCUUUGUACUAUUUAAUGAAAAACUGCUUGAACAUUUGUGAUGUGUUAACAUGCUUAGUGAUUCUCGAUAUCAAGGAAAUGAGAAAUAGAGCUUUAUUGACGCUGUAUGCAAAAUCCAUAAGUUUUCUGGAAAGUGAAGAAUUUAAACUUUUGGAUGUAAGAAUUGUAGAAUUCAUCUUAAAUCUAAAGCAUUUGGACAUCGAAGAAAUACAUUUGUGGCGGGCCUUGCUGUCAUGGGCUAAGCACAACUGUGGAAAUAGUACAAUGCAAGUUGAGAUUGGUGAUGAAUCGGAUGAGCCAGCAGCUAAAAAACAAUGUACAAGAGAAAAUGGUCUUGAAGGAGAUGCUCAAAAGGCGGAAGGUGCCAGUCUUCGUAAGACACUAGGAAGUUUGUUGUAUUAUGUUCGCUUCCUUGCAAUGUCUGUAAAAGAAUUUGCUGAAGAAGUAGUGAUAACGUCCAUUUUGACAGAUGAAGAAGUUAUUCAUAUAUUUAGUGCAUUUGCUACUGGAAAACCUCAUGGUCUUCAAUCUAUAAGUGCCGAAACAAAGAGGUUGCCGUUCUCUUUUGUGGUGAAAUUCACUAAAGAUUCAACAAGUACUAAAUAUGAUGUUGUUUCCAAACAUACUAUCAAAGUAAAUGAUAAAAAUUUAAUUUUAUACUCAAUAGAACUUCGCCAAAAUAUCCCAAAUGUCGAUGUAUGCUUGCAGCAGGAUAAUAAAAUAGUUUGCUCAAAUGUUGGUUAUGCAAAGAAUAAGACAAAUGUUGUUUUAUUAGGUUGUAACGCUCUUAAAGCUCAUAACAAUUAUGAUCUGAUUAUCACCCGGAAGGAAAAUGAUGGUCUUAAAUCAAUGAAAUUGUGGGAUUGUACUACUCAAUACUCAGAUGACUUCUGCAGCAUUACAGAGCAUUCAUCUUGUAUUAAACAACUUACCUUUUUUGUAACGAGUGGUUAGGUUGACAUUAUCACUUUAAAUGCAGUUAUGUUAAAAGUGUACAUACUGAUAGACUACUGAAUUUUGUGUUUGAUUAACAAAUUCGUAUUCAACAAGAUGCUGUUGUAAUUCUGAAUAAUUAAUAUUCUAUUUAUCAUUGAUUUCGUUCCAACUUUUAAAGGAAAAAACAUCAACCAUUUGGUUAAACUUGAAAGUUAGAUGCUGUGUUAAAGUUGAUCCUUACAGACAGACAAACACUUAUCUUCUAUACAAAUAUCGCAUUGAUGUAGGUUCUCAUACUUUAAGUUUUCUUACCUUGUCACAUGAUUUAAUAAUUUUGACUACUAGACGAGUACAAGAAUUCGUUAGAAUUUUCAAUAGAUUGCUUAACUCUGUAUAGAACUACAGCCGGGUAUUUGAAAGACACCGACAUCUACCUUUCCCAACAUGAAAAUGUAUUAACUUAAACAAUUUAUUGAGAGUUAUAGUUAACCCUAAACUUUACAAUAUGUAACUAAAUCAAUUCUGUAUUAUGUUUCCAUUUAAACAUUCCCCUCCUAAUGAGGCCUUUCAACAAUGACAAAUUUUGUUUCCUGAUGCCUUGGACAUCAUGACAAUAUCAUCCCCAGUCAUCUUACCUAGUUGUGGUCAUAGUUAUUUUUCAUAGCCACAGUUCCAAAAUAGCUAUCAGGCAAUAUAUUUUAAAUCUUACUCACCAAAUGCAAUUCACAUCUUACCUGGUAAAUACAAAUUUUGAUUUUAAAUUAUACUGUUAUAUAGCUUUAUCUAAAUCUGUACCUCGAUAAAACAAGCGCUACAUCUAUCUAUCUUCUUUGGCAGUUAGCAAGAGAAAGAAGGAGGCAAUGUUAUCCUGUCCACAGUUCCUUAUUUAUAAAGUUACUGAAUUGUUGCUAAUUAUUGUGUAUAAGCUUUAUUUAUAUUCAAUUAUCAUUUCACUAUAAUAAUUCUAUUCAUUAGGUUCUCAUUAAAAUUAUAAUGAAAUUAUUAGUUAACCCCUUAACUGCCACAACUGUGUUACCUCGUGCUAAACAACUGCUUUGCUACAUGAUGCCUGGCAGCUGUAAGAUGAUACACUCUAGUAGUGUUUGAACUACUACAAAUCGACAGUAGUGCUGUUUAAUUGCUACUACACUCUGAUGGUCAACUAAGGAACUAUCACGAAAGCUCAUGGUGAGGUUUUACUAGGAUGUUAGAAACAGAACGUUAUUGUUUUAUUGUUUUUACAAUUGCAUUUUCAAAGUUUGUACUAUAAUUUCUUUAAUUUUCUAUUUUGAUUUUUUCUUGGUUGGUAUGAUAGUAAUUAUUUGUAAUAUUAAUAAUGACCUUUUAUAAAUUGUACAUUCGUAGAGAUCCGUUGUUGUAAGUUGGGCAUUCACCAGUGUUUAACGUUUCUAAGAAUGAUGGUGAUCGGGAUGUGGACUCAAUUUAUUAACCACAAUCUGAUGUAAUGAAUCAGGAGAUUCUGGCAACAGUUUGGGAAAUGAAAAAGUUGUUGAAGUUGAUCAUGGUGUGAACAAAUUAUAAUCUUGUUGGAGAGGGAGGAAAGGAGCAAACGACUUUAAUCAUAAAGGUUAAGAUUUUGCAGGUGUUUACACUCAUAAAAAUGUUUUAUUCACAACACUUGAAGCAAUAAAUCAUAAAGUCCCUCCAGGAAAGGAACUAAUUUACUAUGAACUACAGGCAUACGGAAACAGUAUUUUGUGCAGUUGGAGUCUUAGAUAAUUCUUACUAACUCAUCUGGAAGACCGUUUUAAAACUUGAUGUCGGCAUAAAUUAUUUUCUUACAGCAUUGCAUAUUAUGUUGUGUGGGAUAAUAGAAGGUUACAGUUGUUAGAAAAUCUAGUGUAAAGGUGGUGAAUAGUGACAAUUCUGUAAAAUCCAAGUUAACUAGUUCAGUCACUGGUAACCUUAUUGACUACUCUUUAGUCCUUCAACUGCCUUAGCCACACACGUCUUUUAGACAAACUGACGAAUAUCGGAGUAAAAGGACAAUAAUAUGACUGGAUAAAUAGUUACCAAGCAGAAAAAAGACAAAUUGUCUAAAUAAACCACACCAGCAACAGAACAGAUAAAAUCACUGCCACAGAUAGUUAAUCGUGGUGUACUACACGGAUCUGUUUUAGGGCCUAUUUUGUUUAUUUUAUAUAUAAAUGACUUCUCUAGCUACAUUCUCUACAUGACACUUCUCUCUUCUCCUGGAAUAAGAAUCUCAUCAAUCUUCAAAUGACCAUGAAGUUAGCAGAAAAUGAAGCCUUGAAUUGGUUUUCCUCAAACAAAUUGCUUUGUAAUGAAGAUAAACCCCAAAUCUUAUCAGCUCAAAUUCAGGAGGUUCAAUCAGCAAAGUUGCUUGGUGUAUACAUUGAUUCAAAAUUAAAUUGGUCUCGUCACAUUAAGUGGACUCGUUACUUGUGCUGUAGGAUUUUUAGAGUUAGUUACCUGAUUUAGAAACAGACAGAAAUUGAGGGACAUAGUUACUGUAGAGUAUUUAAGAACAGCAUAUUCUGGUUUGUUUCAAUCCCAUAUUUCUUAUGACCUGAUUCUUUGGGGUCAUGCAACAUCUGUAAGAGAUAUUUUGUUGAUUCAAAACAAGGUCAUAAGAACUAUUGGUAAAGCAGAUCUUUUUGAUCAUUGCCAACAGCUUUUUGUUUGUUUAAAGAUGUUAACAGUCAUCAAUCCUUAUAGUUUUCAUGUAUUAGUAUGCACAAAAUCUAACCUUCAUUUAUUACCAGGCAAUACAUGUAGAUAAUACAAAACAAUUUAAGCUCAAUAUACCUCACUAUAGGUUACCUAAAAAUGGUUCAUCUCAUAAGGUAAACUUUGUUAACAGAAGUCAGCUCAAACAUGAUAUCUUACUGUGUUUAAAAGUAAGCUGUUGAACUUACUGUUGGGUACAUUUUAUACAGUAAUUGAAUUUCUCAACUGUGAAGUAGAUUACUGUUCUGAGUUGAUUCUACAUUGACUUGCAUAGCUCCUAAAUGAUUAUUGCAUAAUUGUAUUUUCAUAUUUUUUCACUUUAUAUUAUAACAGUGUGUUUUAUAAUAUAUUACUCAUAUUUUAUUACUUGAAUAUAUGAGGGUGUAUUGUAUGUAAUAUUGUACUUUCAUAUUUUAUCAUUUUAAUGUAUAACAAUGCCUAUUCCAUGUAUACAAUAAUGUGAGAAAUGGCAAUAAAUGAUUUGAUUUGU